AUCAAUUGCUGGAUCAAUAUCACUCACCAGUCUACAGCGGGAAGCUUGAACUACAACAUUCUUAUAUUUCUUGGAACCCGAGCCAGGUGCCAAACAACAGCCAAUGUCGGACACAGACGGAACGUCUGAUUAUUCGACGGCAAAAGGGAAAGGCCGAGUGACAUGCUGUGUUCCACGGUGCGUGCACUACGCGAACCGCCCGGGAUCAGAAGGGCUUUCCUUUUUCACACUACCGUCAGCUACCGACUGGCGCUAUUCAACGUGGCUGCAUCGAAUCCGACGUGAAAGCAGCUGGCAGCCUGGUCCAGGAUCCCGCGUCUGCAGCACUCACUUUCUCCCAUCUGAUUUUCAGACAAAAACCAAAAAGGGAAAGCCCGCAACGCGCGCGCUGUUACUGAAAACGGCUAUCCCAUCGCAGUUUAACUGCCUACCAGUAAAUUCUCAGCCAGCAAACUGUCAACCUUCGCAUUCACGUUCAACCCCAAAAGACCGCUCAGGCAAAAUCUCCACUGGUCCGCCACGGAAAAAAAGAAAACUAGCGGCAUGUGUGCAAACGGAAGUGUGUUCAGCGGAUGUUCAAGCGCUUCGUGACGAACUCGAACAACUGCGAGAUGCAUUCAAACGUCUCCAGGAAGAGUCCCAACAAAAGGAUCUACAGAUUACUGAACUGAAAAAUGAUCUGCGCUAUUUGGAAGCUAAAAAAAAUACGAGAAUUGGUGAGCUGUUGUUGGAAGUUCAAGAGGCAAAUGCAAGUGUGCAAGCGCUGACCAAACGAUUGACCCGGCAAGAAUUUCGCGCCGAAACGUUUGCCGACAGCGAUAAAGCCAUCCAGAAUCUCACUGGGCUGCCGUCCUAUCUCGUUUUGUUGACUUUGUACGAAACCGUCUUUGCAGGAAAAAAUGAGGGUUUUCUAGAUACGUUGCUUUACACCAAGCAAACAGGAGAAGUACCCUAUCCAGACAGAUCACGUGGCGGAGCGCCGAUGGCGCUUGAUGGUUUUAAUCAGUAUUUUUUGACGUUGAUGAAGUUACGAACGGGUAUGACUUACGAAGUGUUGGCCGCCAUUUUCGGGGUAGAUGCACGAACUAUUGGACGUUAUUAUAAUUGCUGGCUUCUUGUAAUGGAUGAAAGGAUGGUAAACAUCUUCAGAAAAUACCCUUAUGAUGGCAUAGAUCCGCUUCCUUUGCCCCCGAAAGUAGCCGCUCUCUUUCCUAAAAUUUCCAUGAUUAUUGACGGAUUCGAAAUCAAAAUUCAAAAGCCAAAGAAUCCUGACGCUGCUCGCAAAUGUUGGUCUAACUAUAAAAAGAGUUAUACCAUAAAAUAUUUGGUCGGCUCGGAGGCUGAUGGAAAUAUGUGUUUUUUGUCCCAUCCUUACCAAGGCUCCAUUUCGGAUCCCGCGAUUGUUAAAGCAUCUAACCUAUUCCUGAAAUUGGGUUUCGGUGAUGUGGUUUUGGCUGAUCGCGGUUUCCAGAUGACUGAAUUAGCCCAAAAACUAGGUAUUAAAUGGAUUGUGCCUCCCAGCGUUCGAAAAGAUGAGAACAUGUCCCGUGAAAAGCUUAAAGAUACUGCAGAAAUUGCAAGAGUUCGUAUUGUUAUUGAAAAUGCCAUCGGCCGAGCUAAGACGUUCAAUCAAAUUCGCGGACCGCUCUACAUCAGUGAUCUGCAACGCAUCGAUACCGAAGUAAGGGUGGUUUUUAAUUUGUGCAAGUUCUUGCCACCAUUACGUGCAUGGGAAGAAUCCGAUCCGGAUAUGAUGGAUUCCGAAAUAAAUGAUCUAGUUCACGAAGAAAGCGCUGAGGAAGUCAGAAUUCUUAGUUUGAAUGACCUGAUAAAGUCGGAGUUUCCGGAUGGCAUACCAGAUGACUACGAUCCGCUCCCAUAAAUGCGAAUUUUGUGUGUACUCAGUAUAUAUGUCUGUUUGUAAAUAACAGCAGUGCACCAUGUAAGUAACAUUUGCGGUUGAAAUGCGCUCA